AUGAAUUUCGCGUUUUUCAUCGAAAUUUUACGAAUGUUAUUUAAUGCAAAUUUAUUUGGCAUGGAUGAUAACAUUAACCGUUUAAAUCGCUUUUAUACAAUAGUAGGUUUAUUAGUUGGUGUAAUAACUAUCUCAACAACAACAUUUUUUGGGAAUCCUAUUAGCUGUUGGUGUCAAGAUUGUGAUCUAAGAAUGGCACAAUACUACGUUGAUAAUUUUUGUUGGAUUAUGGAUACACGUCAUGCACCACAACAAAUCCUUCGACCUCAUGCAGAACCAACAAAAACGUAAGAAAAAUCAUUUUUAUAGAAUGUAUGAGUCCAACGAAGAAAUUUCUAUAUAACUGAAGUACAUUUAGUUAAAAGUUUUAAAGCGGUGUGGAUAUUUUUAAUUACUCAUUUUCGAGUUAGAACUAAUGAUGCUCCGAUUUGGUGAAACUGUCCUUAGAAGUGCUGAGUCACUGAAGGAUCAGAUAUGGCUCUGCUUAACGUAAAAAAAUAUGUUCAAAAUGUAAAGUUCUAUUUCUAAAACCAUCUUCAAAAAGUCGUAUUCGCGGCUCAGCUGUAAAUUUCACCGCCGCAUUAAAAGGAUCGCAAAAAAAUCCUAAAAUAAAAAAGGGUUUCUGCAGCGAUUUUUUUCUUUUAUUUUCUGGAAAUUAAUAUCUUUUUUAAUUUUUGUGCAUUUUAGAAGUUAUUAUCAGUACACACACUAUAUACUCGUCAUCCUUAUGUGCUUGUUUCCCAUCCCACAUAUGGUUGUCCACAUAUGGUGUCUUUCUCUUGACAAUGACCCUAAACUAUUAGGUUUACGUCUUUCGCACGAUCUUAAGUGGUCUACCCACAUUAGUGAACCUGCUUUGCUUUGCAGGCGUAUGCUAGGAGCUUUAAAUCGAGUAUUCCGAGAUGCAUCACAAGCCAUUCGUCUGACUCUUUACAAGACUUGUGUUCUACCCAAAAUUGACUAUUGCUCAGCAGUUUACGACUCGAACUUUUCCACUCAUCUUGCUCCACUAGAUUCUCUUCAGAAGCUUGCGGC